ACAGCCACCAAAGCAAAAACUGUCUUCAGUUCAGUAUCUCCACGUCUAGUCGGCGGUCUAGGAAACUGUUUCACGAAUUGAAUUUUUUUGUUAAGCAGUGACUGUACAAACUUUUUCCCGUGAUGAGACUACCGCUUAUUAAUAAUCGACUUUAUCGUCAAGGAUCGUUUGUUGCUACUGUUGUCUUCGUAGCGUUUGCUUUCAUUUUUGUCAUCCAACACAGGACCAAUACGCAGUCAUUUGGACCAAUUUCUGAGUCCAUUCGCGAUUCCGGUAAUCUAGCCAUUGCGAUUCCACCUAUUUUUUAUCAAAUGAUAGAGCAUUCAUUGUUUCAAAUAGAAUACAACCUGUUGGAUCUAGACGAAACAGAUCCGAGAUUCGCUGCCUUGGCUGCAGAGAAAUGCACCAUAGAACGGAUGAACGCGGAUCGUUUGCAACAAGAUCAUCCCUGCGUCAUUGAAACGAUCAGAAAACGUUACCUGCAUCCACCGGCGGAUGUCGACGUGCCUUACAAUUUAGCGGCACCUCACAAAGCAGAUCCGUCAGUUGGGCAAGCGGCUAGCAUACUGAAUUACCUGGGCAAUCAAACAAAAGGAUUUUUUAUCGAAUGCGGAGCUUUGGACGGUGAACAUUUAAGCAAUACGCUUUACAUGGAACGAACGAUGCAAUGGGGUGGAGUACUCAUCGAAGCUGAUCAGACAUCGUUUGGUAAAUUGUUAUCCCGUCGACGCAAAUCUUACGCGCUUCCCGUCUGCCUCAGUUUGCAGCCGUACCCGACGCAAGUCACGUUCAAAGUGGCCUAUGCCAUUGGGUCCGUUCAGGAGUCUUUAGAUCCAAAUCAGCCGGCGAAAGCAAAUUCUGAUGGACAAGCAUCAAAAGAAAAUAUGCUCACUCUUCAAUGUUUCCCUAUCUAUUCGAUACUAUUGGCCAUUGGCCAAACUCAAGUCGAUUUUUUCAGCCUUGACGUCGAAGGUCAUGAACUCAAAAUCCUUAAAACCGUUCCGUGGCACAAGGUCGAUAUCAAGACGUUGGCAGUAGAGUGGGACCACGUAGGCGAAAAACCUCUAAUCGAUUUCAUGGGUCCACAAGGAUACUACGUAUUUGGCCGGAAUAAAAUCAACGUCGGCAACGACCUCUUCUUUGCCAAAAAUGUUUCCUUCCAUGUACUCCGUGACGUCUAAUCCAGUCACUGAAACAACUUUUUUCUAAUGGCAUUAUUCCGUUUAUUUGUUAUUAUUAUUUUCAAAAUUGUGGUUACCUGUUUAUAAAAUACAACUGCAGAAAUGGA